UGGCCCUCCCCGCCUUUACGGUCACUGCCGCCAACUCUCCGCCGUCGACGUCCCCGCAUCCUCCACUUACUCAUCUCGUUGACAAAAAUGCCACCACCACCGACCGCCGUUCAAAAUUUCAAUUAGCUCUUAAGAACCUCAGCAAUAAUCUCGACUCUACUGCUUCAUGGACCUCGUUAAUAGCCAAUCACUGCCGAAACGGCCGCUUAAUCGAGGCGGUUUCCGAGUUCACCCUUAUGCGGAUUUCCGGCUUUGAACCGAAUCACGUUACCUUUGUUACUCUGCUCUCCGGCUGUGCCCAUUUUCCUGCGCAAGCUCUCUCUCUUGGUUCUGCCCUUCACGCAUAUGCUCGAAAACUUGGGUUGGAUACUCAGAAUGUGAAAGUGGGUACUGCUAUUAUCGAUAUGUAUUCUAAGUUUGGACUUCUAGAGCUUGCUAGAUUGAGUUUUGAUCAUAUGGAUGUCAAGAAUAAGGUGACUUGGAACACCAUGGUUGAUGGUUUCAUGAGAAAUGGCGAUUUCAAGAAUGCAGUUAAGAUGUUCGAUGAAAUUCCUGAAAGAGAUGUCAUAUCUUGGACGGCUUUGAUUGGUGGAUUUGUCAAGAAUGGGCUUUUUGAAGAAGCUCUAGUGUGGUUUCAAGAAAUGCAGUUAUCUGGGGUGGAGCCUGAUUAUGUAACAAUGAUCUCGGUGCUUUCAGCUUGUGCUAAUUUGGGGACUCUUGGUAUAAGCCUAUGGUCACACAGAUUUAUCUUGCAACGUGCAUUUAAGAACAAUGUUCGUGUUAAUAACACGUUAAUCGACAUGUAUUGUAGGUGUGGAUGUGUAGAAUUGGCAUGCCAGGUAUUUGAUAAAAUGCCCGAGAGAAGCUUGGUUUCAUGGAACUCAAUCAUUGUAGGUUUAGCUGUCAAUGGGCAUGCAAUGGAUGCUCUACAAUAUUUCAAUUUGAUGCAAAAGGAAAGGUUUAAACCAGAUGCUGUGACCUUUACAGGAGUUCUCACCGCAUGUAGCCAUGCUGGUAUGGUUGAGGAGGGACUAAAGUAUUUCAAAGCAAUGAAAAGAGUUCAUAGGAUCUCUCCAAGGAUUGAACAUUACGGGUGUAUAGUUGAUCUUUACAGCCGUGCUGGAAGAUUAGAAGAUGCAUUAGGUGUUAUUAAGAAUAUGCAUGUGAAGCCAAAUGAAGUUGUAUUGGGGUCUAUAUUAGCAGCUUGUCGAAAUCUUAAGGAUGUAAGACUAGCUGAAAGGCUAAUGCAUUAUAUCUACAAGUUGGAUCCGGGUGGAGAUUCAAAUCAUGUGUUGCUUUCUAAUACAUAUGCUGCAGUUGGAAGUUGGCAUGGAGCUAGCACAGUGAGGAAGAAAAUGAAGGAUCUUGGAAUACAAAAGAGACCAGGUAUCAGUUCCAUCGAGAUUGAUGCUGUUGUUAAUGAAUUUGUGGCUGGAGAUAGAUCCCAAAUCCAUUCAAAGCAGAUUUAUGCAAUGCUUAGGCUUUUGUCAGGUGAGCUAAGAGUGUCUAGCUAUGUUGAAGAUGAUGCGAAUGAAUCAUAUGAAUGUGGUUGAUAACUUUCAUUUCUAUGCGACACAUAACAUAAAGGAGUAACUUUUUGCUUUAGACUACCCUUAACUAAACUCAUUUUUCCUCCUUUUUU